AUGCCCUCACCAACUCGCCCUUCACGCCGGCCUACAUCUCCGUCAGCGCCGAGCUCCAGUCACCGCCAGCACCGCAGUCGAACCGGCCAUUCCCACCGCCACCGGCCCCGAGAGAGCUCGCGCUCACGCUCUCCGCACCGAUCGGACAGACCCAGAUCAGACCGUCAUCGCCAUGGCGAAAGAGACCGCGAGCGCCCAGAGCGCCGACACAGAGACGCUCCCAAACAGCCAGUGGUUCUCCCUUAUCAGGCGCGCGAGCUGUCCAGGCGCGACCUCGAGACCUACGAACCCAUGUUCGCUAUGUACUUGGAUAUCCAGAAAGGGAAAUUCAUCGAAGAUUUAAGCGAAGACGAGGUCAAGGGACGAUGGAAGAGUUUCACGCAAAAAUGGAACCGGGGUGAACUCGCAGAGGGCUGGUAUGAUCCCGCUACGCUAAAUCGUGCGCGUGAGAACUUUGAGCCACAGCCAGCUGAGUCAAAGGGUCAGCGCGAGUCUCCGGACUAUACACAAGGCGAACGAGAAACUGGAGUGGCCCAAGAGACACAGUCAGGAGGCGCGGAUGAAGAAGAGGAUGACGAUGACUACGGGCCAAGUCUUCCCCAGGCUGGUCCAGCGAGGGUUGGGUUCAUGGGUCCUACUAUCCCUCGGAUGCAAGAUCUCGAGCUCAAAAGAGAAACCGCCAUUGAAGACGCAAUUGCAUCUCGCGGCGAGUCACGCGAUCAAUAUCGCGCUGAGCUACGUUCCCAUAAGUCUGCAACGCGCCACCUGGAAGACGAAAUCGCGCCGCGAGCCGAAGCAGGCACACGAGAGAGGCAGCUGGAAAAGCGCCAAGAAGUCGCAGCGAGUAAUCGCGCUUUCGCGGAUUCUCGACGCGGCGAUUCGCCCGAUGGGGCUCGCGAGGAGGAUCUCAUGGGUGGGGAUAAUGAAUACGCCGCCCUUAAGCAGGAGAAGGAGAAGGACCAGCGCAAGAAGAACGAGCGCGAGAUUCGGAGAGAGGAAAUCUUGCGCGCGCGUGCAGCGGAGCGAGAGGAACGGGUGCAGCAGUAUCGUCAGAAAGAGGAGGAAACUAUGGGUUUCUUGCAGGCCCUGGCUAAGCAGCGUUUUGGCUGA